CCCUAUAGCUUUGUUUGCGAGAGGUCCCGGGUUCAAUCCCCGGCCAGACCCUUUUUGCACUUAACAGCUAAGUUUCUCUUUAAACCUUUUCUUUUCUGCUAUUCUUUUUUACACAGCAAAUGGCAGAGUGUAAUCACCACCCGGUCUAGGGUCUAUUAAGGCUUCUUCUUUCUCAUAUCACAAUAAUGCGAUUAGCAUCCGACCUCUCAUGAGUCUGAUGGAAAAAGGAUCAUACAGUAUGUGGAGACUUUCGGGCUUAAGACGAAUACGCCCUUCCAUGACAAGUCCGGUGAAGGCCGAUCUUAUAAUGGCAGCGCGUUCCAGAGAUUCUGAUUACUCAAACUUGCCGAACAUCUCUAAAGGGCCACGGAAGGAAGAGAGUGAAAAGAAAGAGGUUACCCGCCAAGUGUUGCACCACAUCCUAAGCACAAUACAAGUUCCGGCAAUGGCGACGUCGCAAACCCACUGGGUCAUUGUCGCGUUGGAGACGUUCUUCUGCCCACUGCCAGAUUUCACACUCCCAGCCCCUCAUACCUGCGAGUUCCGGAAUUAUGAGCGGACAAGACCAGAUCAGAUCGCGGAGAGAAUUAAGGAUGCCGAUAUUGUAAUCAUGACAAUCCUUCCACUGACAGCGGAGGUCCUCAGUGCCGAGGUAACCCCGCGUCUGAAGAUGGUAUCUGUAAUUGCCUCGGGCACAGAUACCGUGGAUCUGGCAGCGUGUAGAGCACGUGGCAUAGUUGUGGGCAACACGCCACACUGCAAUGUCACGACGGUCACGGAGCACGUGCUCGCGCUGUACUUCGCGACGCGCCGGUCCAUCAUGCUGACGCACAAUUUAACACGCGCCGGGGACUGGGCUACCAAGGGCUCGCAACAAAGCACAAUGAAUGGACCCGACGGGAAGGCGCCGCGGACGUGCCGCGACGAGGUCGUGGGGAUCAUCGGCUACGGCGCCAUCGGGAGGAACAUCGAUGUGGCGGCUAAGACAUUGGGCAUGAAAACCCUUAUAGCCGGGCGUAAAGGGGCCCUAGCGACAGAAGGCCGCGUUCCAUUCGAGACGGUGAUCCGCGAGGCCUCGGUUUUGGUAGUGGUUUUGCCGCGGUCGCCAGAGACGCUCAAUCUCAUCUCGACGACAGAGUUCGAUUCGAUGAAACCUUACGGCUUGUUGAUCAAUGUCUCGCGGGGCGGCAUUGUGGACGAGAAUGCUCUUGUAGCCGCGCUGAGGGAAGGCAAGAUCGCGGGUGCCGGCACCGAUGUUUACUCCAGGGAGCCGGCAGAACCGGGAAGUAACGUUUUGCUCGCUGCCGACACGGCGGAGCUCAAUUUAGUCAUGACACCUCAUGUGGCGUGGUACUCGGAGGAAACUUUUGAUAAUUACAGCCGGACGUGUAGGGCGAAUAUUGCCGGGUUUGUGACGGCUGGACAGCCUGAGCACCGGGUCUGCUAAGGCAUCAUACAAUACGAUGCGAUUAUGAUGAGGAUUAUGGGAUCUGUUAGUUAUGUAUUAUCUUGACCUUGGUCAACACUUUGGGAAUAGACUAGAUGCGAUUGGGAUGCUAAAGGCUGGUAGUGAGCGACCUCAGCCCUGAAGUCAAAUACCUACCUAAUACUUUGACAGUGUCGGAUAGUAAUCUCUAUUUUUAUGGUUUGUUUGUAUGGUACGUAGCUUGAGGUAUCAUCCUACUCUGUCCUAC